UUUUGUCUUGGACUGUGUUCGGCUGGUCUUGGUCUGUCACACUGAGGAAUUUACAGGGUGUGAUACUGAGAGCAGAUUGGUAUCAACGCAUUUUCAAAGGGGAACAAAAAAAACCACUCUUUGACCCUUCGCCGCAGGUUGUCUCCAGGGAGAUGGUGACCAAGAUUUCGAAAGAGGAAGUUGAGGAGCUGCGGGAGGCCUUCGGGAGAGUGGAUCUGGACGGCAACGGCUUCAUCUGCAACGAUGAGCUGCAUGAUCUGUUUAAAGAGACCAACGUCUCCCUGCCAGGUUAUAAGGUCAGAGAAAUCAUUCAAAAGCUGAUGCAGGAGGGAGACCGCAACAAUGACAACAAGAUAAGCUUCGAUGAAUUUGUCUUGAUCUUCCAGGAUCUGAAGAGCAGUGAAAUUGCCAAGUCCUUCAGGAAGGCGAUCAACAAAAAGGAGGGCAUCCUAGCCUUCGGCGGCACCUCAGAGCUGUCCAGCGAGGGCACGCAACACUCCUUCUCAGAGGAGGAGCGGUUUGCUUUUGUGAACUGGAUCAACACAGCCCUGGAGAAAGAUCCGGACUGUAAGCACGUCCUGCCGAUGGACCCAACCACAGACGCGCUGUUCACGACUUUGGGGGAUGGCAUCGUUCUCUGUAAAAUGGUCAACCUGUCAGUGCCCGACACGAUUGAUGAGAGAACAAUAAACAAGAAGAAGCUGACACCAUUCACAAAACAGGAGAACCUGAACCUGGCCCUGAACUCGGCCUCCGCCAUCGGCUGCCACGUGGUGAACAUCGGGGCGCAGGACCUGCGCGACGGGAGGCCCCACCUGGUCCUGGGUCUGCUGUGGCAGAUCAUCAAGAUCGGCCUGUUCGCCGACAUCGAGCUGAGCAGGAACGAGGCAUUGGCAGCCCUCUUGAGAGAGGGUGAGACUUUGGAGGACCUGAUGAAACUCUCCCCUGAAGAACUUCUGCUGCGCUGGGUCAACUUCCACCUGGAGAAUGCAGGCUGGAACAAGAUCAACAACUUCAGCUCUGACAUCAAGGACUCCAAGGCCUAUUUCCACCUGCUGAACCAGAUCUCCCCCAAAGGGACCGAAGAGGAUGAGCCGCGGAUUGACAUCAACAUGGCCGGCUUCAGUGAGAAGGACGACCUGAAGAGAGCGGAGAGUAUGCUGCAGCAGGCGGACAGGCUAGGCUGUCGGCAGUUUGUCACCCCCACCGACGUCGUCAGCGGCAACCCCAAGCUUAACCUGGCCUUUGUGGCGAACCUCUUCAACAAGUACCCUGCCCUAACAAAGCCAGAAAAUGAGGACAUUGACUGGGGCCUGCUGGAAGAUGAGACUCGUGAGGAGAGAACCUUCCGGAACUGGAUGAACUCCCUGGGAGUUAACCCGCACGUCAACCACCUGUAUAGUGACAUACAGGAUGCACUGGUCAUCUUGCAGCUGUAUGAGAAAACCAGGGUCCCAGUUGACUGGAACAAGGUCAACAAACCACCCUAUACCAAAAUUGGAUCUAACAUGAAGAAGCUAGAGAACUGCAGCUAUGCCGUGGACCUGGGGAAGGAGGCCAAAUUCUCGCUUGUGGGCAUCGGAGGACUGGACCUGUACGACGGCAAUUCCACCCUCACCCUCGCCCUGGUGUGGCAGCUGAUGAGGAGAUACACACUGAAAGUUCUGGAAGAUCUGGGAGAUGGACAGAAAGUUAAUGAUGCCAUCAUUGUCAGAUGGGUCAAUGAGACCCUGUCAGAGGCUGGCAAGCAAACAAAGAUAACAAGCUUCAAGGACAAAGAGAUCAGCUCCAGCUUGCCUGUGUUGGACUUGAUUGAUGCCAUCCAACCAGGCAGUGUCGGCUAUGAACUGGUAAAGACAGGCAGCCUCUCUGAGGACGACAAGCUAGAGAACGCCAAGUACGCUGUGUCCAUGGCCAGAAAGAUUGGCGCCCGUGUCUACGCCCUCCCAGAUGACCUGGUUGAAGUCAAACCUAAGAUGGUGAUGACUGUGUUCGCCUGCCUGAUGGGCAGAGGCAUGAAGAGGGUGUAACCAAUGCACGCUCCCCUGCCAGUUAGCCAAAUGUCUUGCCCAAAAGCCAUUUGCUGGAAAAAAGGCUUCUGGUCAAAGGAAUGAAUGCUGAUAUGUUCUGAAAGACUUUGAAGACCCUGCGCAGUCAAAAAUAACAGGAGAAAAGAAAAACGGGAUCUUGUAUUUCACUUUUUUAAGACUUUAAUAUAAAAGGUAGCUUUGAAUUUCUACACCUCAACUUCCUAUUUGAACUGUGAUGUCAUUCUGUCCUCAUUUGUCUUAUUCUAAAGGAUGGUAUUUUCUUUGGUUACACAAACUCCUUUCCUUCUACCAGAGAACCAAUCAGAGUGUUGGACACUCCCAUCUACAGAAGCCUCCAGAAUUAUCUGCACCCCUGACUAGCAAUGCAGAAAAUUCAUAUAGAAUUAUUGAGAUGAACCCAGAAUGCCAACAUCUGAAAAAUACUGUACUUUAUUUAUGUUUCGAUGUAACCAACCAAAAUCAAACAUUCAUUUUAUAAAAAUAUAUUUCACCAAAAUCAAGGUUUCAUAAUUAUUGGUAUCCCUGGUUUAGUACUUGUUGCAUCCGCCUCUGGCAAUGAUACAUUUCCAGCUAGACAAUGACCCCAAACAUACAUCAAAAUCCACACAGAAAUGGUUAAGUAGAAACAGCAAGAGGGCAGUCACAGCGCAAACCCAAGGAUAUGAAUGAUCUUGAACAGUUCUGCAUGGAGAAAUGGUCAAAGGUCCCUCCAAAUGUGUUAUCUAACCUCUUCACAAAAUUUGCAUGAAGUAUUAAAUCAGGGGUGCCUGAUAAUUGUGAAAUCUGCUUUGGGGGAUUUUUUUUUUUCUUUUCAAACUUUAGUUGACUCCAUCGAAUUAUCAAUGAAGCACAUCACUUUACACACAUUGGAAAAUAACAUUUAUUUCAAUAAUGGUAUUAUUUUUCAGUUUACAGUAUUUUUGUGCAUAUUCAUCAAGGGUGCCAAUAAUUUUGGAGUCCAGUGUACCUGGCUGAUAUUAAUAAUGAAUAGCAUGAGUGUGGUCACACCAUUUUCUCUCAAAAAAUCAGGACACAUUUAGCUUUUUUUAAUGUUAAUACAUAAAUUAUGUUUUUUUAAUUUAUCUGAGGCUGAGUGUCAUGAAUCCUGAGACAUGGCAAUAAAACAUUUAUUAAUUUAGGACUCUUCAGUACAAACAGUACCGCAAAAGACAGCAGCAGUUGUUACAGCUUAUGUUACAUUAUUUAGCUAAUUUCUGCACAAAACACAAGGUAGCAGAAAUUGUGUUUUGUGGAGAACGGUUGGGUUACACCAUCAGGUUUCUCCUGCCCUAUGUCCGAUGGAUUAUCACAUGUAAAUGCAUUCAUAUUUCAUAAAACAAACCUGACGCGUGCAUAUUGUAUUUGCAUAUACAAGAUAUGAAGAUAUGGUGUCAAAGACUUGUGUAGUUGGAUGCAAGGCACUUUUCACAAAGCUGUUUUUAUUAACUGGACAUAUAUUUAGCAGCUUUUAAAAGGAAUGGAAGGCUCACCGGUUUUAUACAGUAUAUAAUAUAUAUAUAUAUAGCUGAAGCAGGACAAAAUAAAGCAAUUUCAGGUAGAACCUUUAAAACAUUCCAUACUUGUGAAUGCAUUUUAGUCUGUCUUCUGCGAAUGUUUACUCUGAGGUGCUUUUUACAUAAAGGAAACAAUAAAAGAAAAUUAACAAUGAA